AAUAACAAAAAUACGAAAACAAUUAGGGAAUUCUUUUAAACAUGGUUUGGACCAUUUCAAGACCUGAGAGCAAAGGUUUAAACAAAGACACAAGAUGGGAUCGCAUUCGAAAGAAACACACAAACAAUUUGAAUAUGAAAAGUUCUUUGGUUAAGAAGUUCGUCGAAAUGGAUUUUGUCGGUCGAAAUAACACAAAACUUUUGAAUGGAGAGAUUGAGUUGAAGAAUAAUUUGAAUCCACACCUAGUCAUGGACUUGCGACAUGAAAUGUUCCAGAAGAAGCCGAAUAGAUCGUCAAUGAAUGUGAAGAAAUACAAAGCAAACACAGACAAGUGCAUAAUGCACAAUUUAGAAGUCGAGGAGCGAUACAUCCUUAAUGAACUCUCCAAAUUUAGAGCUCAGUUGGAAAAGAAGCGACAACAGUAUAAAAUAAAACCGGUAACUUUGGAUAGCGAUAGUGAUCACUUUAGGCUAAACAACGUUGGAAUUCUUAAAAGUCUUGAGAACACAACGAGGCAUAUUGAGGAUUUCUAUCGGGCUCCCCAGGAUGCAAUGGAGCAAUUCGAAAGUCUUGUAAGUCAUGUAGAAAUGGAUAACCAAAAGUUACCAAGUGAAGAGGAGAGUUUGUUGGAUUCCGCAACUAAACAGCAAACGGAGAAUGGAGACUUGCAUUGUGUUCGAUUUGAAGACAAGGUUGAAAUAGUAAAAUAUAGUAGAGAAGCUUCAACUUGUUCGAAUACCAGCAAUGGCAUCGAUUCUGUUAUUUCUGAUUUGGCUGAAGAGGCUCUCAAUGAAAUCGAGAUGGAAAAUGCAAUUGAAGACGAUGAUGGGAGAACAUUUCAAAUAGAAGGAUCUGCGCUCAGAAAUAAUCUAAUUGAUCCUUUGAUUGUGACUAAAAUGCUUCCCAAAGAAGAGCUUCAAAUAAUUGAGAAUGAUGAUGCAACAAAUUCCACCGAAGAAACUGAAGAAAGUGUUACAAAUGAACAAAAUGCUAUUAUUGAGAAUUUGUUCCAAGCGAGGUCACAUUCAAAUGGAGUUGUUCUAAGAAAUUAUUUCCUGAAAUGGAUCCACUACACCACCAUUCAGAGAAUUGAGAGGCAGAAUAUGUCAAGUCGAAAUGAUAGGAUUCAUAAGAUAAAUAAUUUUCUGGAUCACAUUCGACGAGAGAAAAAGAACCAGGUUACUACAUCGAAGGUAACGAAGUCAUCAAAUCCAGAAAAUAAAAUACAAUCGAUUAACAUCUCGAAAAAAUACCAAUCAAAGAUAAAAAUCCAACAGGACAUUAUAGACUUACAAAAGAUGAAGCUAGAACGUCAGGAGCGACUUAUAACCGAGCUCAAAUUGAAUAAACUCUCCGAUGAAGCCAAGGAAGCUCGUCAGGAGAUAAAAGCAGAGCUGAAAAAUGCACUCAGGACGGGUGAUUCUAAGGCUCGAGCUAAGGCUAAAUGUUUACAGAUCAUGGGUAACUUAAGAGAUGAAGAGGACGAUGAAUUCACGAGGCUCCAGGGUAGAGCAAUGUUACAGCCGAAGUUCUUGUCAAAUAUGCAGGAACGUGCACUUGUUAGGAGUGUGAAACAUGAGCAAGCUCGACAGCGUCGCUUACAUCAAGAGGCUGAACGAGAAGCUGCAAAAAUGGCACUUGAAGAAGCAAAGCGACAAGAAGAUGAAGAAGCAAAACGGAUGCGAAUGGAGGCCCUAAAGGAAAAACGUAGAAGAGAAAAAAUGGCCAAGGUUCUAAAAGAACGUGAACACCAGCGAGCCAUUGAGAACAACAAAAAAGCCCAACAAUUCUGUCGCCAUUAUCUUCUUCGUCGUAUAGGAAUGGAAGGUUUUAAAAGGCUUCUCCAGAGGAAAAUACUCAACCAGAAGAAAUCUGAUACCUUCAGAAAACAAUUACUAAAGAAAAAUACUUUUAAAGCUUGGAAAAAUCUUUAUUUGACCAUAGUCCAGCGGAAAAACUUUAUGGCUAAUGAAUUGCAUGACAAGAUUAUCACUCGGACAGUAUUUCAUGCUUGGGUGAGAUAUUUGAAUGAGGAAAGGAGUAAAUUCUUAGUGGCAGUUGAUUGGUAUGAAUUGAAGUUAAACCAAACCAUUAUUACACAAUGGUUGGGUUUUACAAAGCUGCAGAAGAUGGUGGAGGACGUGAAAAUGAAGCAAGCUGAACUUCACUAUGAAUGGCACCUCAAAUGGAAGGUGGUAGAUCGUUGGCAGCAACUGCCACAAAUUCUCAAACUGGAGAAAGAAACAAAUGAACGUCGACAGAGGUGGAGGAUGAAGAUCUGGGAGUUACUUCCUGAUUACACACCAAAUAAGGAUUUUUAAAGUUUGAUUCAAUUAUUUUGUUCUUUUACAUUUUUGUACUUAAUUGAAAUAAAAUAAUUUAGGACACUUGUC